AUGUUAAACAUUGCUACAGCCAUCACCGGUGGCAGUGAUGCAAUUGGCAACGGAUUAGCGUCUUUCAAGGAGCGACUGUCUCGUCGCUUGCUUAUCGGGUUGACGUGUCAGACAAGGAAGAAUGGCUGUUCCCGCGUGACAAUCAAUGUCAAAAGAUAUUUCUAUAGGAUGUGCAAAUUGUCAGCCGUCAAAACUGCGCGCUACCACAAGAACUAG